AAACCCUGAAUAAACCCUCAUCAUCCCUCCCACUUUCCCCAAUUCAAAACUGUAAUAAGAAAAAAAAUAAAAUAAUAAUCCAAUAAUUCCCGUCACCGAUGGCAAGCGGUUUCUCAUUCUCAACAACAUCCUCGUCGACAUCUCCAUUCUCAUUCGCAUCAUCAUCGUCGUCGUCAUCUUCAACCUCAUCUCCAUUUUCACUUUCCACAAACCCUAACCCUACUUUCGGCUUCAGCGCUGCCUCCACCCCCGCUUUCGGUACUACCUCUUCUGCCAGUACGUCGUCGUUUGGUGGCUCCACUUUGUUCGGUACCUCCACUUCAGCUUCCACCACUCCAUCUAUUUUCGGUUCAGGUUCUGUUUUCGGUACUCCUUCAAAUACUACUACUAAUAAUAAUACUCUUACUAAUUUUAACUUUAAUUCAAAUUCCCCGUUCGCAACAACGACAACUGCUAGUACUGGUAUUAGUUUUGCCUCAACUGCAUUUGGAACUACACCAUCUGCAUUUCCGGCAUUCGGGACACCUACUAGCAGCUCGAUAUCGACUGCUACGAAUACGAAUGUAUCUUCUGCUCCAGGAUUUUCGUUAUUCAAUGCUACAACCGCUGCGGCUAUUUCAACUUCUUCUGCAGCUCCUGCCUUUUCGCUCUCGACUGCAUCAUCUACCUCUGCUGUGCCAUCGUUUUCAUUUUCCACCAGUUCGGCUCCUGCUGCUACUAGUUUCUCUUUUGCGAAUGCGUCUGCCUCGUCCGGGCUGCAGUUGUCUCCGAGUUUGAGUUCUGGUUUGAAAGCUGGUUCUACCGCAGGAACUACCACUGCUAAUGUUAGUGCUGCGUCCACACCUGCGUUUACUGCAUUUGGCGUGACAUCAUCGGCUUCUACUACAGCUUCCACACCCGCCUUUUCUGCAUUUAGUGUGACGUCAUCGGCUUCUACUACAUCUUCCACACCCGCCUUUUCUGCAUUUGCUGUGACAUCAUCAGCUUCUACUACAUCUUCCACACCCGCCUUUUCUGCAUUUGCUGUGACAUCACCGGCUUCUACUACAACCAAGACACCUGCUUUGUCUGGAUUUGGUGUAACUUCAUCUGCAGCUACUACUACGACUUCCACACAGGCAAUUACUGGAUUUGGUGUAACUUCUUCUGCUAGUACCACCACAGCUGCGACACCUGUUGGAUCUGUGCUAACUUUUACGAGUCCUACUACUGCUGCUUCUACUUCAACGGGGACGACAAGUUCUUUCUUGGGAUUUCAAACAUCUGCUAAAACUUCGGGUUCUCUUACAUCAGCAUCACAGCCACAAUCCACAGCUGCUACCUCUUUCUUGGGCAUUCCUGCUUCAACAACUACCAUUUCGACUAUUACAGCCACUACUGCUCAAUCAUCAUCCGCGCUUGUCGUUUCUUCCAGUAGUGGGACUACUACAAGUGUCAAUGCACCUGUAGUCUCCGCGCCGAAAUUACCAUCUGAAAUUACUGGAAAGACCGUUGAAGAGAUCAUCAAGGAGUGGAAUGUGGAGCUCCAGGAGCGGACUGGCAAGUUCAGAAAACAAGCUAAUGCUAUAGCUGAGUGGGACAAGAGAAUCUUGCAGAACCGGGAUGUUCUUCUCAAACUAGAGGCAGAAGUUGCAAAAGUUGUUGAGACCCAAUCAAACCUUGAGCGACAGUUAGAGCUGAUUGAGACUCAUCAACAAGAGGUUGACAAGUCCUUACAAAGUGUGGAAGAAGAGGCUGAGAGAAUAUACAAAGACGAGCAUGGUCUACUUCUUGAUGAUGAAGUAGCUUCGACCAGGGAUGCAAUGUAUGAGCAGGCUGAAUUUGUUGAGAGAGAGAUGGAACAGAUGACAGAACAAAUAAAGUCUGUUAUUCAGACUCUUAAUGCCAAUCAGGCUGGAGAACUUGAAGGAACCGAUGGUAUGACCCCUCUGGAUGUCGUUGUUCGGAUCCUUAACAAUCAAUUAAGCUCAUUAAUGUGGAUCGAUGAAAAGGCCGAAGAGUUCUCUUCACGCAUUCAAAAACUGGCAAAGCAAGGUUCUGCUGCUGAUCGAGAGCUGAUAGGUCCAAAGUUCUGGCUUACUCGAUAAGUGUAUCUUCUUGUCGUAUAAAUCUGUGGAUUUCAAUUCUAGUAACGUAACUGAAAAAUAGAGUGAUGUCAAAUGCUGGUGAAACCAGUUUGCUAGAUCAAGCAUCAAGAUUGGGGCUCCUUAUAUGCACCAGUCCUCUGUGUUUUUGACUUAUAUUAAUCAAUUGACUUGGAUAUGUGAAUUCAUAACCUGUUACUCAGACUUUAUUGUUCUUGAUGCAUGAAGUUCCGAGUUUUCA